UUAUGAUUAUUAUAGCAAGUCACGUAAGUGCAUACACGAUACUUAUAAUUACUUCAUUUUAGAAUAUUUUAGUUUCUAAGGUUAUUUCAUGAUGUGAAGUACAUAUUUAUUAAUUCUAUGUUGUUUUGUAUAAAAGUUGAUUUUGGAUAAAUUUUAGAAAAAAAAUAUAAAAAAUCAAUUUCGCAGAUUCAUUGUGACAUGGAACAUUUUGAACUUUAAAAGGUUGCACGUGCAAUCUAUUUCAAACUCGAACUUGAACUUAGUUAAAUUACGUAAUCUUAUUUUCACGAACGGCAGUGAGGAAAUUGGUAAUUAUGGAUACGUGAGAAACUUUGUGUACUAUCUAUAUAUAAUAACAAAAUCAAUUUCAAUAUACACAAAUCAGUAUUUUCCAUUUAGAUUCCUGAUUCGUAUACUUCGUAUAAUUUGUAAAAGGGUAGAUUCGUUUUAUUUGUAUGAUAAGAUUCUCUGAUUCAUUCUCGUUUUAGAUCUAGUUUCAAAUUAAUUAUUAAAGUUCGAUCGAGACGAUUACUCACGGGCGUUUGUAUUCGUGGGAACUUUCGCGCUUUAUCUAUCGACCAAUCAGAGUCGUAAUAUUCAAAACGAAAUAAGUUCGAAAAACCAGUUGCAUAUUCGGCAUCUUAAAAUUUGAACAUGUGGGAGAGAUUGAAAAAAGUUCGAUAUUUAUAGAUUUAUUAAAGAUAAAGAAGGCAAAUACUUUUCAAUAUUAUUUAACCAAAUGCUAUUUAACUAUUAAUUAAUUUAUAUAAGCUUCGUAUUAGUACUCGAUUAUAAAUUAUAAUUUGUAAGUUGUGUUCAAUCAUUAAAAUCUAUUACCUUUCUUUUUAUAUUUUAUUUCAUUUUAUUUUACAGUUAAUUUUAUGAAAUUCUAUUCUGAGGAAUGUUUCCCGUUAACAAUUGUCGAUGCGCAAAACUAUAAGCAAUUAGUCGAAUAAGAAGAACGAACUAAGUUCAGGAACGCGUGAUAAUGAGGAUGCUUGCGUAUGUAAAGGUGGUAGGAUAACAUUGAAGGCGCCAUUUACGUGGGAAGUGAGUAAAAGGGGAUGAACUCGAAUCGCGAAGACAUUAAGAGUGGAACACGAGCACCUAGGUCUACCUUGCAUAUUCGUUAGUUCUUCCAGUCGUAUACGUAGGAACACGAAGUAAGAUCAACCGGUUUCUGAAAAGCUGAUUAAUAAGUAACAACGAAUAUCAAAAAGUCUGGAAAUAAUAAAAGAGUGAUCUUUAAUUUUAUUUUCUCUAGAGAAUUUCUCGAUAAAUUUCAACGAUAUUGAAAACAAUAAGUUAAAAAGUCACGAAAGUGGAAAUAAAUAUAUCUCAAAGUUAAGAUCUUCCAUGGAUAACAUGGAUUUAGAUUUCAAUAGUUAGUUCUAUAGUAGCUACACGCAAAGCACGAGCAAAGUGAAAACACGACGCUAAUCGUAGAAGUGAUUAUUCAAUGACAUCUUAACUUCGUGUGAAAAAUAACUAAUCGAUUUCUCAUGGAAGAUGGCAUGUUAAAUGAGACUUAACAGGAAAGUUCUCCGAUUGUACGGUUAUAAUUUAUUUUCAUCGCCUGUUAAAGAAUUCUCUUUUCUUAAUUCGUUACGCACGAAGUGUCAGAGCUGAAUCUUUACGCUCGAAAGAGGAUAAUAAGAUCUCAUUUCGUACGAAAGUAAAUUUAUCACGGAAUUCAACGGACGAUGAUAACACUUUACGUUUUCAAAAUAUUCCCAAGAAUUUCAAUAUUGUAAUCACUUAUUUGAAUAUCUUUGUGAAUCUUCCGAUCUUUCAAUAUCUCUCGAUAUCAUUUUUCCAAUGGAGGAAUCACGGACAACGAAAACAAAUGAGCACGCACUUACUAUAUCCGAUUCUGUGUCUGAUACUAGUACAAGUAUGACACCAACAGCAUCAUUUUCAGGCAAACAGCAAUACGAUGCGAUUCCAAAGAAGUCGACUUAUUUGAGAGACAGAGAGAGGAUCAUUUAUCCAAGAAACACGAGGACCUUGCCGAAAAUAGUUGUAGCUGAUGGAACGCCAAUAGAUGAGGAAACUUGUAUGAUGUUGAGAACGUUAGUAUUUGGUAGUUGUGCUUGUCCACCGAAGGCAGAAUGGGCUAGAACUGGUUUGACGUUAAGACCUUACGGUCAGAAUUUAGCUUUUGGAUUAAGAGCACCUAGGAACACAACUAGAGGUCUUAUUACGGCCGUUCAAGCGAUCAUGUUGAAGAAUUUUUUAUUUAAGUGUAACGUGCAGGACAGUCGUAUUGGUCCCGAUAUCUUGCUAAAGCCUUCAUAUGACAGACAAGUGGAAGUCCUAUGUCUAGCGAUAUCUGAAAUAAUUUGGCGUUGCGCCGGUGGCUUCGUUGCACACAAUCAGAACAGCAGUUGCAUCGCAAGUAGCAACCUCGAUAUAAAAAGUGUCAGCGUGCCAAAGGCGAUAGUGGCAUUACCACAAAAGAUACCUUAUCUGCAACAUAGCGUGCAGUAUUUUCAGGAUGGUUUGACGGAAACGUUACAUUUAUUUGAGUUCAUCUCAAUAGAAGAUCUUCAAAUAUUCAUCAAAAGGUACUUAUACUUGUUUCAGGAUGAAGGAGGACCAGGAGCAAAGUUAUUGCUUUACAGUGCUGUUUUAUCCAGAGGUCUAGCGAAAGUUCAAAGCGACCUGGAAGAUCAGAAAGCUUCUAUACUAAGCGGAUGUCCUGAGGAGGGACCGAUCAGUGUUGUGGUCUUUAUGUUGACUGGGCGUGCGUCUCCUCAUCUUCAUAACGGAAUUAUUCAUAUUGGAGAUGAGAAUACUUAUGCUGUUCCACAAUGGGGUAUUCUCGUGAGAAGCGAAGUAGGUCUUCUAGUUCACGAGGGUGAUGGUCAAACGAGCAAGGUACCUGGUUCCCGACUGAAAACUCCCAGCUUACCGAUAUGGGUUACAUUAUGUCACGGUCAUCAUGGUGUUCUCUUUAAUACGAACAAGGAAUUACUAAGGAAUUAUCAUGCAGAAAGAAGAUUCGAAGUGCAGUAUUUCGCUUGUGGUGGAAGUCACGCCACAUUGACCGUGGAUACGAGGGCGAACGAGAGCGCAUCGGGUGUAGAAUCCACCAGCAAGGAAUCCGUCGACAUUGCUGCUACACCAUUGGAAAAACUUAUUCGUUCCAAAUGGCAGGAUGCACAAAUACAAUGGAACGGAGCACCAUUGAUGUAAAAUCACCACUUAUAAAAAUAAAGUUAGUCUUGGCUUAAUUUUGAAGAAAGGAAAGUUUUUUAUUUCUUUUGGUAUGAGGUUUUUGGAGAAAUGACAACAUGGAAUCUAUUUCGUGAUGCCAAAAUUUGAAUAUGAUAGAUGGAAAUUAUACGAGAAGAAGAAAUUGUUGAAUUCUUCGCAGUAAGUUUAUUUUAUUAGAUCAUAUAAGGAAUUAUCAAUUAGAUCAUAUACUCAAUUAUAAGAGCAGAAUAAUAAUGAUGACAUUGCAUUACAUUAGAAUAACAUUACAAAUAUUACACUAAUUUCAGAGUUGUAAGAUUUAAUGAAAUACGUGAUUAGGUACUUUAUUUUACAAUAGGAUUACCUGUGAAUGUAAUGAUAAUUGGUAUUAUAACGAUACUAUUAUACUCUAUUAGCACAUUAAUGUAGUCUGUAUAUGUAAUAACAUAUUGUAACAUAGUAUUAGCAACUGUAUUUUGAUCUAUGUGUAUUAACGUCGUAAUUGAUUUGAAAAUAAUAUAUUCUAAAAAUAUAAAAAAUUU